AUCUAUGUAUGAAAGCCAUGUGCGAAGUCCCGGAGAGCCACAAUAAACAGCUUUACGCACAGAAACCCUCGGAGUUUAACGACAAGAAUACAUUUGUUUUAAAGAGAACAUGCUGCUGCUGAGGACUGUCGCUCCCUGGAUGCUGCUGGUCUUCCUCGGCCACCAGGUCUCUCUGUGCUGCGGUGCGCGCCAUAAGAACCGAGGAGCGGACAAGGCCGCGACCACAGCCCCCGACAAGGUGCACGUGAGCGGGGACAAGCCCGCGGCGAGCGGCCGGGGGAAGUUCCUCGCCGUGGACAAUAUGCUCUGCUCGUGGGGGACGAAGGACGUCGGGGACACCGUCAGGCUCUCCGUGAAGUGCAAGGACCGGAGGACGCGCGUCAAAGGCGCAGCCGCCGACCUGGAGUGCCAAUACAACGCCAAACCGCAGAGCUGCCCGGGCUACCGGUCCGACACCAGGGGCUUCUGGAAACAGGUGGCCCGCGCGCUCAAAAGGCUGCAGGGCAAGGUGUGCAAGGACGGCCGCGCGCUGGUGAGGGCCGGCAUGUGCAAGCGCGCGCCUCGGGACGCGCACUUCAAGCUGGCGGUCCGCGCCACCGUCGCCCCCGCGGUGCUCGCGGAGCCGGAGGAUGAUCGCGAGCCGCUGCCCACUCGCGCCGCCUCCGCGGGACCGACGGCCUGCAGCGCGCGCGCGGACCACCGGGAGACGGCUGAGGAGAAGUGCGGCAGCUCGUGGGCGAGUGUGUGCAACUUCCUCCUGUCCAUGCUGCAAAGGGACGAAUGUUAGCUCUCAGAUCACAUCUUAUUUCAGGGUUGUUCACAGGCUCACACACACACACACACACACACACGGCGAUAUUUGAUAUUCGUUUUUGGAAAGUAACUUUUCUACACAAUGCGGAGCAACUUGUACUUGCUCUGAAAAAAAUACAACGUUUAAAAAGCAAUUAUAGUUACUUUUAAGAUUUUGAAUGUCCCUUUCAAAAAUGCAUAGAAUAUGAUUUUAACUAUUAAAAAAGCUGCUCAAACUUCAAUGCACUAGUAAUGAUGAUUUACGUUUGGUUUUUAUAUAGAGAUUAUUUUAUUGCUUGAAGUCAAAUUUGCUGAUGAAUCUGUGUUUUACGUGUUUCGAAUAUUUUGAAUGAAUUUCUUCCCCAAUCCUUCAGUUGACCACUAAACACAAACAUGAACCAACCGCAGAGCAUUGGUCACCUGAUUUUAAAGUUUUCAGUCCUGGAUCUGGAGAAUAUUGUUUUAAUUACUUUUACGUAUUGUGUGCAUUUCUACAAUGUGGUUUUGUUAUAUAUUCAACACUUCUUGCACCUCUUGAACUGGAUUAUUAUAAUAUAGAGUGGUACAUUUCUUCUACCUCUUGUCAACUUUAUCAAUCAACCAUGUAAAC